AUGGAAUCACUCGCACAAUUAUUGGAAAUACAGAGCAAGCAAAUUACACAAAUGCAACAGGAUUACUUAAGGGCCGCUGCGAACAAUGCAGCAAUCUUUGACACAAUCGGUAAAAAUUUCCAAGAACUUAACGAACAAUUGAAACAUACUAGACAGCAACAGAUACCUAGUUUGGAUGUAAGUACUUUCACACAUGCCAGGAAUUCCCAAAUAAUACAAAGUGUACCUUGGCCACAACCUCUGGAAGUAGAUUCGGGUGACAUUACGGAAAAUUUCGAACACUUUAGACUAAGUUGGGAUACAUACUGUGCAGCAACAGGUAUUGAUAAGUGGGACAGUACGCAGGAAAUACAAAAAAUUAAUAUUCUNUUGUCAGUCAUAGGUGAUAAAGCUAAGAAGAAAUACUCGAACUUCCAUCUUAUGGAAACGGAUAAAACCAAUGCUGAAAAUGUAUUUCAUAUUAUUAAGAAAAGCCUGGUUUCGGAUCGAAAUUUGUUGUAUGACAGAUACACUUUUCACACCUGCAACCAAUUUGAAGAUGAAAGCUUUGACGAUUACUAUCUGCGACUAAAGAAAAUUUUGGAAGUCUGCAAGUACAAUGGGAACGUAACGUCUGAGACAAUGUUACGUGAUAGGUUAGCGUUUGGAAUAAAGGAUAUAAGUCUGAAAAAGAAGUUUCUACGUGAGGAUCCAGAUACACUUACGCUAGACAAAUUAAGACAAGAGUGUAAGACUAGCGAAUUAACGGAAAGACGAUUUAAGGUAAUAAACUCUGAAGAAAGAAUAAUCAAUAAAAUUGAGAAAAGGACCCAGGAUAAUAAGAAAAUUUGUCGUUUUUGUGCUGGCAAACAUGAGUUUAAGAAAGAACUUUGUCCUGCUUGGGGCAAAGUGUGCACGAAUUGCCAAGCAAGAAAUCAUUUUGCAAAAGCGUGUAAAAAAAAAGAAAGAAAGGAAAAUCAAUCUAAUAAUAAGAAGAGUAAUAAUAAGACAGUUAAAGAAGUUAAAGAAAACUCAGAAAGUGAAUCUGAAGAAGAGGAUGGUAAUCAACUUAAAAUCUAUAAGUUGAAACAGCACAGCAAUGAGAGAAGAAAAGGUAGGACUGAACUGAAACUUAAAAUAGGAGGNAGAUGGCAAUUUAUACCGUGUGAUCUCGACACGUGUUCUGACGCCAACGUCUUGGGAGUUAAUAAUUAUUGCAGGUUGACGGGAGAAAAACAACCACGACUUAGANCUACUACAAGUCGGUUGAAAAGUUUCGGUGGACAACAUAUUGAAAUACUAGGUGAAGUGGACGUCCUUUGUGAAUUCAAGAAACAUAAAUAUUGUCUGGUGUUUCAGAUCGUGAAUGUAGAUCACGGAGCCCUUUUGUCUGAAAAAGCGUGUUUGGCGUUAGGACUUAUAAAGUAUUGUUUCAAGAUAGAAAAGGAUAGCGAGGAUUCGCACUUACAAGAUAGAAUUUUUGUGAAAGGAAAACAGGAAGCAGAAAACAUUCUACGUCGGCAUUCANGAAUUUUCCAGGGAUAUGGUCAAUUACAAGGAGAAGUCACACUAGAAGUGGAUGAUACAGUUCAGCCAACUAUACAACCUGCACGCCGUGUACCAAUUAGUUUAAAACAUAAUCUAAGAAAGGAACUGAGCAGAUUAGAAAAAGAUGGAAUAAUAAAACAAGAAAAAAAGCACACUGAUUGGGUGAGUAAUAUUCUUAUUGUAAAAAAGAAGGAUGAUUCGCUAAGAAUCUGUCUUGACCCAAUACCAUUAAAUACAGCGCUAAAACGACCUCGUUUACAGUUUACUACAUUAGAGGAAGUAUUACCUGAAAUAGGUAAGGCACGGAUAUUUUCGACGCUAGAUGCUAAGANAGGCUUUUGGCAACUGAAGUUGAGUGAAGAAAGUAGCAAACUUACAACUUUCUGGACCCCAUUUGGAAGAUACAGAUGGNUCAGGUUACCUUUUGGUAUCUCUCCAGCACCCGAAAUAUUCACACAGAAGAUGCAAGAAGUAACACAUGGCCUAAAGGGAAUAGAAAUCCUUGUGGAUGACAUUCUUAUUUAUGGCUGCGGAGACAAUGCGAGUGAGGCAAUGGAGGAUCACAACAGAAAUCUAGAGAAUUUGCUCGUUCGGUUAGAAGANAACAAUUGUAAAUUAAAUAAGGACAAGCUCCAUUUAUGCCAGAAAUCAGUAAAAUUUUUUGGACACAUUCUAACAAGUGAGGGAGUAAAACCAGAUAGUUCAAAAACGGAGGCAAUAAAACAUAUACCAAANCCAAAAAAUAAGAGAGAUCUACAACGUUUUCUAGGAAUGGUAACGUACUUAGCCAG